AUGGAGAUUACGGAUAUUACGAAGCUUUUGGGAUGGAUUUUCUACUUGAUUGGGCAAAGUUUGUACAAUAAUUUGGUGCCAUACGAGUGGAAGAAGAAGAAGGAUCUCAGGGGAAAGGUAAAGCAGUCAUCUCGUUUCCUAUAUUUUCCCAAAAAAAUCUUAUAAUUUUUGUGAAAAUUUACAAAAAUAUUAUACGUCAAUUGUCAAAGAAAAGGCGUUUUUCGUCCACAAAGUAUCCAAAAAAGCCUCCUUCGACCGCAAAAUCUCACAGUAUUUUUGCUCUAAUAAUACGGCAUUGAGUUCUUUGUGAUUUAGAGAGUACUUUUAACCGGUGGUGGAAGUGGAAUUGGAGCUGCAAUGGCCAAAAGAUUGGCCCAAGAAGGAUGUCAUCUGGCGCUUUGGGAUAUCAACGAAAAAGGACUGGAAACGACAAAAAAGGAGGUGGAGAAAUAUGGGGUUGAUGUAAGUUUAACUUGGUAAUGCUGUUUAGCACCAGUAUUUGACUCUGCUUUACACCUCUUUACAUUCGAUUCGGGUUGACUAUGCAGCUAUUUGUACCUCUGUGUAAAAAGGAGAAAAGAUGACCUAUGGAGACAAGACGAUAAUACCAAAAAAGACAGAUAUAAUUUUUUAGGUCUAUAUUCAAGCUGUCGACAUCUCCAAGGAAGAGAACGUCAACAAAGCUGCCGAUGUGCUGCGAGAAAACUUUGGUGACAUCGAUAUUCUCUACAACAAUGCCGGAUUAGUCAACAACAGCUACUUUUUGGACACUAGCACCGCCGCCAUGGAAAGGCUCGUUAGGGUUAUGCUUCUUUCUCAUUUUUACGUAAGCAAUAUUAAACAUUUAUCAUUUUGUUAGACUGUAAAACAAUUUCUUCCCAAAAUGAUCGAACGCAACGAAGGCCAUAUUGUUGCAACGGGUUCUGUUGCUGGUCAUCUUGGCCUGGCCGGUAAGUCGAUCCGAAUAAAAAUCAUCUCUCCUUGUAGAAAUUGCCGACUACUGUGCCGCGAAAUUCGGUGUUCGCGGCUUUAUGGAAUCACUCUACAAUCAAAUGGUAAUUCUUGGCCACGACGGGAUCGAAUUCACUACAAUUUGCCCAUGGUAUGUGAAAACCCCGCUGUUGGACGGCCAACAACAUUUCCAUCAAGCCUUUCCGGCUGUAGAAUUGGAUGGCCUUAUUGAAAGGAGUAUUCAAGCGAUCAAACUGAACGAAAGAGAGGUGUUAUACCCGGCCAAACUGAAUGUUUGGAUGGCUAUUAAAGCUUGUUUCCCAUUGGCCGUGCAAAGGAGUAUCCUAUUGGGGAAGUUGUGCUGGUCUUGA